GCAAGGCACAGUUGAUGGAUUGCCUUGAUGAUAGUAUAUCAUAAAUAAGAAGAAGAAGCAAAUGUCUUCAAGCAGGUCGCUUCAAUGUUGGACCCAACGCCCUCUCCUGAGCCCGGCCGCGGCUCCGAGAAAGGCUAUGGCAUUCAAAUCGCGUUUGUAUUCUAUCCGCAUCUCUACCUACCGCGCGGUCGCGUCGAAGAGAAAGAGACGACCUCCAAAUCUUCGCCAGAUCCAGCGGACGCAAUUGGAAGCAUAGAUGCCCACCUACUGAGUGUCGACGAAAUGUAUACCCGGUAUUUAAGUCAUCCUACAGUCGGUUUGGAGCUUGCCGCUGUUUGUCGCAGGGAGCGUGAUGGCAAGAAUAUCAUUAGUCCUCCACCUACCGUCUACUGGAAGAAAACGCUUGAUUAUAUCUUUUGGUGGCUUCAAUUUUCUCAUAUCUUCGUCAUCGUCAUUUCUGCUACAUUCUAUGCUUUGAUCGAUUGGAACGCGAACAGAAUCAUGAAGUCAAUAAAAUCUCUAAUUGCCCACGAGGCUGCGCAAAUAAUCAAAGCUGCUGACAUUGUAGUUGGUGAUGUUGCUGUGCUCAACGCUGGUGACCGUGUCCCGGCCGACAUGCGUGUCGUGCAGGCAUCAUCCGACCUUCGCUUUGAUCGCUCUCUCCUGACGGGUGAAAGCGAAAUGGUAUCAGGAGCUCUUCAUGCAACAUCCGACAAUGCUCUGGAGACUCGCAACCUCGCACUGACUUCCACUUUUGUCGUACAAGGGACUUGCCAUGGAGUCGUGUUCGCCACGGGAGAUAGGACUGUCAUGGGACGCCUUGUCAAGAUGUCGGGAGAAACAAAGUUCAAGCUCACCACUAUCCAAAGAGAAGUGUGGUUUUUCACCAAAAUCAUUUCAUAUGUCGCACUCUUUUUCUUCGGCUUAUCGAUUCUUCUAUACGGCGUUUGGUUACGGACAUCGUAUCCUGGUUAUGACACCGCGUCUUCUGCCAUCGUAAAUUCCAUUGGCUGCUUGACUGCUUUCGUUCCCCAAGGUCUCCCGGUUUGCGUGGCACUCUCAUUGACUGUUGUUGCCUGUCGCAUGGCUAAACGCCAUGUGUUGGUCAAGAAUCUGGCAACCAUCGAGACGUUAGGAUGCAUGUCUGUGCUAUGUUCCGACAAGACAGGUACAUUGACUGCGGGAAAGAUGAUGGUAGGGUAUAUUGCGUUCCUCGAUGGCGUAUUUAGUGUCGAGGAAGUUAACGAGAGGGUUACGAAGGCAUCAGACCCUACCGUAUUUUCUGCGUUCAAGGCGCUCCAUCAGAUCGCGAGGCUUUGCAACGGCGCGAAAUUCGACGCGACGACCAACCACCUUCCUGUGCAGGAUCGUACGACCAAGGGCGAUCCGACUGAUACUGCUCUUUUGCGUUUCUCCGAGGCCCUUUCGAUACCGGAGCUUGGUGUGGAUGCCAGUACUCUUCAGCAAGACUAUCAGAAGAAGUUUGAGAUCCCUUUCAAUUCCAACAACAAAUGGAUGCUUUCCGUGGUCUCCAAGGUCAAUACUGCUGAAAAGAACGCAGAGUCGACAUGGAUGUUCGUCAAGGGAGCUCCUGAUGUCUUGUUCCCUUCCUGCGGUAGUGUGCUACAGAGUGAUGGGACGGUCGUCAAGUUAACAAGUGAGGCAAGGCAGACGUUCGCCACGCUUCAAGAGGAUUGGUCAAGUCGGGGCCAACGAGUACUCGUGCUACUGGACUUUCGCCCGAACGACGUGGAAGAUCUCAUGUACAUGGAGAUGUGUGAUUUAACCUUGGUUGGUCUAAUUGGAAUUUACGAUCCUCCUCGCUCGGAUGUGUCGUCAUCGAUCUCUAUCAUUCGGCGAGCUGGAGUUCGAGUCUUUAUGGUCACCGGUGAUUUUAAGCUCACUGCUCUAGCUAUUGCACGCCAGGUCGGUAUCAUUACCCAGCGUGCCGUUGACACCAUCCAGGAUGUUCGAGCUGCUGCAUCUGAGAAGGUCCCGCCGAAAUAUUAUUAUCUUGCCAAGCCAUCGGACGACGAUCCCAUCCGCUCUCUGGUACUUACAGGGGAAGAUGUCGCAUCUCUCACCUCGUUUGAUUGGAAUGUCAUCGUUGGGGCCUACACAGAGAUCGUAUUUGCGCGCACUACCCCUGACCAGAAAAUGCGAAUUGUAGAGGAGAUCAAAGCUCGUGGAGACAAUACAGUCGCAGUCACUGGAGAUGGUGUCAAUGAUGCGCCAGCACUCAAAGCCGCUGAUAUUGGUGUUGCGAUGGGUAGUGGCAGUGAUGUGGCCAAGGAAGCUGCCGCCUUGAUCUUGUUGAAUAAUGACUUUGCUUCCAUCCCUGUCGCGAUAGAGUUGGGCCGACUAGUCUUUGAUAACCUGAAGAAAGUCACAUUGUAUCUCAUGCCUGGUGGAAGUUAUGCGCAAUUCAUGGCGAUCGUCGCAAACGUAUUACUAGGCAUGCAGUUACCUUUGAACUCGUAUCAACAAACCUGCUAUUCCAUCACCAACGAUGUCGUCAUGUCCAUCUCGUUAAUGUUUGAGAAGCCGGAGUGGGACUUGAUGCAGCGCAAACCACGCAAUGCCAGGACCGAUAGGCUUACGGGUUGGCGCUUUUUUUUCCAUAUCUACUUGUUCUAUGGACUGAUGCUAUGGCCCUGCGCGAUGGCGAUGUGGUUCUUGUACAUGAAUCAGCAGGGCCUCAGUUUCUAUAAAAUUAUCUUGACUUUCAACCAAUGGGAAGAUGGCUGGCAGGCCACUAGCUAUGUGACGGUGGCCAUCGGACAGUGCGGGACUCUUCUAGCAGUUUCCAACCGCCGAGUAUCGAUACUGCAGUCGAAUCCUCUAUGGGGCCCGCGUCGCAACCUACUGGUACUUGCUGGCAUGACGGGCACGAUAUUGAUCUGCAUCGUGAACCUCUAUGGACCUGGCUUUCAGCGGGUGUUUGGCACGACGCCUAUCCCCGGGAUGUUCUGGGGUCUUCCAUUUACCUUCGCUUUGGGGAUCUUGCUCAUGGACGAAACUCGCAAAGCCAUUGUGAGGAGAUACCCGAAGUCUUUCAUUGCGUGGCUAGCAUGGUGA